CGGCGGCCUGAGGUUUCUGGGCCUGUCGGGGAGGAGCACUUCCUUUCUGUCCGACAUCUUGACGAAGCCGCAGCGGUCUCUCCCGCUCUCCAGGCCUUGCGAUGCCGCCCAAGGACGACAAGAAGAAGAAAGAUGCCGGGAAGUCGGCCAAGAAAGACAAGGACCCAGUAAACAAGUCUGGGGGCAAGGCCAAGAAGAAGAAGUGGUCCAAAGGCAAAGUUCGGGAUAAACUCAACAACCUCGUCCUGUUUGACAAAGCCACUUACGACAAACUCUGUAAGGAAGUUCCGAACUAUAAACUCAUAACCCCUGCUGUGGUUUCUGAGAGGCUGAAGAUUCGUGGCUCCCUGGCCAGGGCAGCCCUUCAGGAGCUGCUUAGUAAAGGACUUAUCAAGUUAGUCUCAAAGCACAGAGCUCAAGUAAUUUACACUAGAAAUACUAAAGGUGGAGAUGCCCCGGCUGCUGGUGAAGAUGCAUGAACAGAUCCAAUCAGCUGUACAUUUGGAAAAAUAAAACUUUAUUA